AUGAAAUCCAUUUUAACACAAGCAUCGAAAAUUCCAAAAUAUUAUGCAGAUUUUAAUACUCUUUAGCCUAAGCAUUAUUGGGAUUAUGAAAAUUAUAAGACUUAAUUUGGACAUCAAGAUGACUAUGAAAUAUAUGAAAAGAUAGGUUAAGGAAGAUAUUCAGAAGUAUUUAAAGGAGUUUCAAUUAGAACUCAUCAGAAUGUCAUAAUCAAGGUGUUAAAGCCGAAUUUGCCUGAGAAAAUAAAUAGAGAAAUAUUGGCUCUCAAAAAUUUACAUAAACAUCCAUUAAUAACAGAAUUAUUAGAUGUGGUAUAAGAUUACAGCAGCUUAAGACAAUCUCUAAUUUUUAAAUAAGAAGAAUGUAUCAAUUUGAAGGAUAUUCGCUAUUAUGAUUCUUUGAAACCAAUAAAGUUUUUGAUAAAAUGUGUUCUAGAAGCUUUAGAUUACUCUCAUUCAAAAGGAAUUUUCCAUCGCGAUAUCAAACCACAUAAUAUAUUAACAAAUCCUUCAUUUUCUAAUUUUAAAUUAUUGGAUUGGGGAUUGGCAGAAUUUUAUCACCCUAAUAAAGAAUAUAAUACAAGAGUGGCAUCAAGGUAUUUUAAGUCUCCAGAGAUAUUGCUUGAUGUUAGAUAAUAUCAUCAUUCAAUAGAUUCUUGGGGAGUUGGUUGUUUGAUGGCGGGUAUGAUAUUUUAGAAAGAACCUUUUUUUGCAGGAUCGAGCAAUGACGACCAAUUAUUAAAGAUUAUUAAUGUAUUAGGAUCUGAUGUUUUGUAUGAGUAUUUGAGUAAGUGGAAAAUCAACAUGCCUCCAAGGUAUAAGAGUAUUCCUUAUUCAUCCCCAAAGAGAUUUGAAUUUUACAUUAACAAAGACAACGAAAGCCUUUGCACACCUGAAGCGAUAGACUUGUUGAAACAACUGCUCAUUUUUGAUCAUUAAGAAAGAAUGUUGCCUAAAGAUGCACUCUAGCAUCCUUUUUUUCAAUGA